AUGAGUAUCUAUAAAAAUGUCAAAUGUGUUGUAGUAGGAGAUGGUGCUGUAGGCAAAACUUGUUUGCUCAUGUCAUAUACUACAAAUGCUUUUCCGGGUGAAUAUAUCCCAACAGUAUUUGAUAAUUACUCAGCAAAUAUAAUUGUUGAUAAUGAACCAGUUAAUCUUGGUUUAUGGGAUACGGCUGGUCAAGAAGAUUAUGAUCGUCUUCGUCCAUUAUCUUAUCCUCAAACGGAUGUCUUUCUUAUUUGUUAUAGUGUAGUUAAUCCUGUAUCAUUUGAAAAUGUUCGAGCAAAAUGGUCACCAGAAAUAAAACAUAAUAGUCCUGAUACACCUAUUGUUCUUGUUGGUACAAAAAUUGAUUUACUCAAUGAUAAACAAACAAUAAAAAAUCUUUUAAAUAGAAAAUUAACUCCAGUUAUUACACAAAAAGGUUUAAUAAUGGCAGAAGAAAUUGGUGCAACUGCUUAUGUUGAAUGUUCAGCAUUAACACAAACAAAUUUAACACAAGUUUUCGAUAUUGCUAUACGAGCUGGUUUAGGAAAACAUCCGAAAUUAAAACGACGUAGAAAAUAUAAGUGUAUUUUAUCAUGA